AUGGCGUGUCAACCUAAACGUUCCGAAACCGUCGUAAUCCACGAGUUGCUGGCCUUUGUUCAACAAAAAUUGGACGUCAUGGACCAGGUGUCUCUGGAGCAGAUACUGAUGACAAGCUUCACCGAGGACGAGAUCAUCCAAGCGAAGAAGGUGUUAGCAGAUUUAGCCGUGACCCAAAUCCGUCUUAUCACACGUCACAGGGAUGGACGCGGUAAGAAAGACCUGCAAGAUAUCUUCAGGCUGUUCAAUGAGACCGACCCUGAUGACAUCCCAACUUUCGUCGCGCGUGAUCUCAACAAGCUGCCUCCCGUGACGUUCGAUCACGUAGACGUCACCAGAUUGUUGAAAGACAUCACCACGUUGAGAGCCGAUAUUACCGACAUCCGUUCCAAAUUUGAGGAAUCAGAACGAGCCGCAACAGAGCUGAGGAACGAAGUCAAUAUGUUGCGCAACAUAAUUGCAACAUUUGCAAAUUCACCGCCGUCGCAGAAUGUGAAUACGACACGCGGUAACCGUAAUAGUAGUCAUAUUUCACCGAUGAUUGCGACUCCGUCACGCGAUACCGUCUGUCAGCGGGUUGAUGACCGAGAAACCAGGGCGACCUCGGUCGUCAUUGCAUCACCAUCUCAACCCUUGACUGAACCCAUUGGUACUCCUCCGCCGAAGCCAACCUCAAAACAAGGGAAGACGUUUGCGGAUGUUGCCCGAAAAUCUUUACAACCGGCACCCUCUUGUGGUCGAAAGCGGAAGAAUGUGGAAAUAAAAUCAGUUCCAGUGGUGACCCAAGACAAGAUUGAUAAGGACGGGUUUACUCUUGUUGAGAAGAGACGUCGGUCGCGACCCGUCUGUAACCAGCGUAGGACCGCGAAAAUAAACGCGAGUACAACUCUGCGUGUUGUGGAGCCAACCAUACAACUCUACAUCUCCCGUUUGGACAAAAGUACGUCGGAAGAAGACGUCCUGCGCUUCGUGGAAGAACGAAGCCGAUGCCGCAUUGAGGAUCCGAUCUCUUUACAUUUGCAGCGUCUGGAGUCUAAUAGGUCAACAAACUUCAAAUCCUACGUGCUCCAGGUUCCUGCAAAACAUAAAGAGACAUUCCUCGCUCCCGAUUUCUGGCCCUCUGGGAUUAUAAAUCGCCCGUACGGCUCUCUUUUGCAAACAAAUAUAGCUUCAAUAUCAGUCGCAUUACCCCAUAGCAAAAUUCCAUAA